AAGGCCAGGGCACGUGUCGGUCAGUUUUAGCGGUUUUAGCCGUUUUAGCGGUUUUAGGUUAUACCGGUUAUAUUGCCAGCCUCAAGCUUCGAAACAGCAUACAGGCCAGCUUCUACAAGGCACUCAACGGCAGUCGAGCAAUACUUUCAAUACUUCUGUUAAUGGCGUAGAUGUUAAUAAUAUUAUAAAAAGUCAAACUGCUCUAACCGAUCUUGAUGUCACCGACGAUCCUGGAAAGAAAAAGAAGAUAAGACGAAUCAAGAGCUUACAGGUAGCUAUGGAAGAAUCAGACCAACGCCAAGAACUGAUUGCAGCAGUUCAAGCAGGAAAUAUCGAAGAAGUCAGGCUUCUAACAAAGGCACUGGGUGCAGACUUUUUGCGACAGUGGACACCUGGUUUUAAUUUACUCUGCCAAUCUCUCAAAAACAAACAGCUGGAAAUCGCCAAGCUCUUAAUAAACCACGGAUGUCUACUUGGAGAACGAGUGCGUGGCGAUAAUGCUCUUCACGUAGCCGUCGUCUAUGGAGACUUUGAAAUAGUCAGGAUGAUAACAGACCAAGGUUAUUCCUCAAGAAUAGAAAAUGAUCAAGGGAUGACCGCCCUUCACCUUUUUCCCCAACGACAUCCCGUCGACGAAGAAUGCCCUCAAAUUCUCAGACUUCUUGUUCAGGACCUAAUCAACAUCAAUAAAAUCAAACACUUUAUUUCUGGCUUUUCACCUAUUCACUUUGCAGCAGAGUGUGGCAAUCCGGAAAUGAUUUCCCUUUUUGGGAACGUAAACUGCCGUAUGAACCCCAAGGACAAAGAACGUCGUACUCCUCUUCACAUAGCAGCGUCGAAUGGACAAGCAAGAGCUGUGCAUUCCCUUUUGGCACACGGUGCAAAUUAUAUGCUGACUGAUUGUGCUAAGAAAACACCACUUUGCGUGGCAGUCGAAAGGCAAGAUGUGCCAACAAUACAAGUCCUUCUGAAAAAAUCAAUAAGGCUCGAAAAUGAUGCGAUGCUUAUCUACUGUGCUAUUCGAACCAUGAAUAAAGCGCUUAUUGAAAUGUUGUUAAAGCUCGGGGCCAGUCCACACAACCGUCCGUCAAAAACUAAUGAAAUUCCGAUCCAUAUAGCGAUUGAAAAAGGAUCUCUCGAGAUUGUUUCUCUGUUAUUACAGCAUGGUGCGAACCCAAACGUAAGACAAAUUCGUAAAUCAGGUUUUAAUACAGACAAAUAUCCAGUUGGGUGUACGGCGCUUCACAUUGCAGUCGAAAAGGAAAAAUUAGAAAUCUUCCAACUUCUCUUACAGUAUGGUGCAAAACCUGAUCUUAUCGACGAAAAAGGGAGAAAUCCACUCCAUUUGGCAACGAAAAAUGGAUCGGUGCCUCUAGUUACUGCUCUAAUGAACUGUGGAUGCAGUGUUUCGUCUUUAUUUACACCAGCAGAACCAGAUGGAUACACGCCUCUACAUAUUGCGGUUGAAUUGGGCAACGAGGACUUUGUAGCUCUCUUUUUAAAUGCAGGGAUUCCUGUCAAUUUUCCUACAAAGACUCACUUUGUUCCUCUUCAUCUAGCUGUUAAAAAAGGAAAUACAGGAAUGUUGAAGCUUUUAUUGAAAUACAAUGCCGAUCCUAGGGCUCAAGGUCCAUCUGCAAUAGAAACUCCCUUGUUUUUCGCAGCCGAAGUAGGUAUCUGCGAAAUUGUGGACAUCAUAUCUGAAAUUUCUUCUAAUCGGACCGGAGAAUGGCAAGAAGGCUAUUUUUCGUUAUUUGUGGCUGCAUAUCAUGGACACGAGGAUGUUGUUAAAAAACUUUUAGAAAAAGGAGUGGAUCCAAAUGCAAAUAUCCGAAAUUACCUAACUCCUUUACAAGCAGCUGCACAACAAGGUCAUGUAAAUAUCGUCGAGAUUCUUUUGAAACACCAGGCGGAGGUAAAUCCAAAAAGUAUUGCAGGGAAUGAUCGAUUCUCCACUCCUCUUAUUGCUGCUUUUCUCUCUAGAAACGAAGCCACCAUUGAAAUAAUUCUGAAUCAAGGAGCUGAUGUAAACGCGAAAGUUGUCUCGAACCCCGUGGAACUGAAAUCUGAAGCAGAGUGCCUCUUAACUUAUGGCUACUACUCUUUUUCAGCGGUUCUUUCUGAUAAAUUGAAGGUGGGAUAUACGCCGCUUCACUUUGCUGCUGAAAGUGGCAAACUGAGAUUUGUCGAGAUGAUUAUAAAACGAGGAGCAGAUGUCAAUGCUAAAACUCAAAAUAAUUUAAUGCCACUUUCUGUUGCAGUGAGAAUGCAACACGAAGAUCUUGUUUCCUACCUCCUAGAAGCUGGUGCAUCUACGGCUGAUGCUAAAGAUAUACUCCUGAAAGCUAUCCUUCUAAAAAAUGCGAAAAUUGUUAAGCUUCUGCUGAAAUACAAAGCACCCUUAAAUUUCACCUUCAGGUUUAAAGCGAUGAAGAAUGUUGAUUAUACCUCCAUGAAUUAUUCGUUCUGUAGUAAUGAAAGCGGUUAUACACCGCUACAUCUUGCUAUAAUGAAAAGCAGUCUAGAGAUUAUCGAAGAACUUUUGGAAAAAGGAGCAGUAUUAGAUACAAGUUCUGGAGUGGAAUUGCCAUUUCACUUAGCUGUUAAGAGAAAUGAUGAAGAAAUCAUAUUGAAACUUAUCGAAUACGGAGCCUGCAUUGAUUCCAAAUGUUCUCUAGAAAUAACGCCCAUUUUUCAUGCCGUCGCUAAUUUAAAAAUUAAAGCCUUUAAAUCGCUUGUGAAGUUGGGAGCAUCUUUGAGUGUGAAGACUAAUAAAGGACAGUCAUUACUUCACUAUGCUAUUGAUGAGAACGGAGCAGGUGUUUAUGGCAUGAAGGAUCAUAUGAUCAAACUGUGCUUGAAGUGUGGAGCAAAAGUAGAUUCAGAGAAUCCAUCUUAUAUAUCAGCGUUCGAAAAAAUUUUACGUAGCAGAGAGUCUGUAGAUUUUGAUGACGAAUAUUGCAGUGAAGACGAAGAAGAAGAGAUCCAUGGAAUGUUCAAUGAUUACCAUCAAUUACUGAAACUUUUCUUGGAAGAAGGUUUCGACUUAAACACUCGAAUUGGUGGAUCUGGAAAGACUGUUCUUCAUUUUGCAGCCGCAGUAGGAAAUGCGGAAACAGUAAAAUUGCUGUUACAACGCAAUGUUGAUGUUAACCUUCUGGAUGGUCAAAGUCGCACAGCUUUCCACUAUGCCGUGGAAAAAGCUCUUCUCCUUCUUAGUAAUAUACUGGAAGAAUUUAGUAGCGGAGGCGAGGAAGAAGAUGAAAAUCUUAUAAUUCAAGGCUUGCAUUCUGAUGAUUUAUUGAAUUCCAGUGAUAAGGAGUAUAUUGACUUGGAGAUGAUCAAGGGAUAUCAACAAGCUCUUGAACUUGCGCGUAGUAUGACUAAGGCUUUAGCCAGAAUUCAAGCUUCCGGUGCAGAAUUAAAUCCAGAAAAUGUUACUUUGAUCAAAAAUGAGUUCGUCCAAUAUUAUUAUAAUCGAUGCAACGAAGAACUGGUAAAACUCAAGCAGAGAAAGAUUACUAAGCGUGUUACUUAUUACGAUAUUUUGAUUGCAAAUGAGAACAAAUUAUCUUAUUAUGCUAAUAACGAAAAAAUUAUCGAGGCUUUUAAAUCAAAAAAUCUGAAGCAGUUUCCGUUAUAUGAGGAAGAAUUAAAAGCUCGAUUUGAAAGAGGCGUGGCUAGAAAAAAUGUUUGUGAAAUGAGCACAACGAUUUUAAACUAUGCCGUUAAAGUGAAAGUUCCGUGUCUUGUAAUUUACGAAAUAUUUAAAUAUCUAAGAUAUGUUGAUUUAAAAAAUGUAUGCAGGGCGCGAUAUCCUCUUAUGUUUGUUAGUUCCGAUUUGCCAUCAGAUGCUGAAUCAGAGUCUGAUUAAGAAAAAAAACAAGUGAAAAUACUAUAGGAUAUAUUUCUGUUAGAAUAAUAAUAUUAAUAUUCUUAUUUUCCUUACGCAACUCUGAAAAAACUAAAAAUUAGUGAAAUUAGUGAAAGCUUACUGAACGAUACGUUUUUAUAUGUCCGUACCAUUCAAGUAUUUUUCAUAUUUCUAAAAUGGAGUUGAGUGAAUCAAAAAAACGUUAAUGAAUUAAAAAAUAAUUAGGCUUAAAUUUGCAUUUUAUAACUAAAAUAACACCUAUCCAAAAAAGUAGGACUAUGCUGGGGAAAUUUAAAAU